AUGGCCCCAACUGCUGAUCCCGUUCCAUCAGCGCCCAAGGCCGAGAUAAAACACCGAUCAGGGGAUCCCUCUCUUGCCUUUGUGCGAGACGAAGAAACACUUGCACCGACAUUCGACGAUAAACAUGAGGAACGAAGGUUUUUGAAACACCGACUGGCCUUGGCUUACCGUGUCUUUGCCAAUUUUGGGUUCGCAGAGGGCGUUGCUGGGCACAUUACGAUGAGAGACCCCGUGGACCCAACAAGCUUUUGGGUGAAUCCGUUUGGGUUGCAUUUCUCUCUAAUCACAGACGAUGACCUCAUUCGAGUCGACCAUAACGGAAAGGUGGUCGAAGGUGGAAGCAAUCUACGGCUCAACUAUGCGGCAUAUGCUAUUCACGCUGAGAUCCACAAGGCAAGGCCGGAUGUUUUGUGUGCUGCCCACUGUCACAGCCUUUAUGGUCGUGCCAUGUGCGCUACGGGCAAGACACUGGAUAUGCUGACACAGGACUUUUGUACAUUCUACAACGACCAUGUCCUGUACCCCCAAUUUGCUGGCCUGGUGCUCGCCACGGAUGAGGGCAAGCAGAUUGCCAAGUGCUUGGGCAACAAGAAAGCUGCUCUUCUGGGAAACCACGGCCUGUUGACGGCUGGACCUACCAUUGAGGCUACAGUAGCCUGGUUUGUUUUGUUAGAAAAGUGUUGCCAGGUCCAGUUGGCAGCGGAUGCUUCAUCUGCUGGGACUGGAAAGCCCCUUGUUACUAUCGGGGAUGAGGAGGCACAAAGUACCUGGGAGGCAAUUGGCAAGCCCGAAGGUGGUUAUUUUCAGGGCUUGCCCUUAUUUCAGGUCGCAGAGAGAGAAUUUGGCGAGCCGUUCUACGAUUCUACUAGUUAG